AUGGAUUACGUUACUACACUUAAGAUUCUAGUUAUCGGAGAGAGUGGAGUUGGAAAAUCUAGUAUCAUAUUAGCAUUCACAACAGGGGACUAUAAUGCAUCGUUCCCUGCGACCAUAGGAGUUGAUUACAAAUGCAAGGUUAUGGAAGUGAACGGUUUGAAAGUGAAGCUUGGUAUCUGGGACACUGCUGGACAGGAACGGUAUAGGACUCUAACAAAUAGUUUUUAUAGGGACGCACACGGAGCAAUUCUAGUAUACGACGUGUCAGAACCAAAAACACUGCAAAAGUUGAACGAAUGGGUGGAAGAACUACAAGUUUAUUCUACUAAAAAGAACAUAGUGUGUUUAGUUGUUGGCAACAAAAUUGAUAAGCCACGUGCAGUUACAAGAGAAUCCGGUCAAGCGUUCGCACAAAAGCACAGAAUGCUCUUCAUAGAGAGCAGUGCGAAAACUCAAGAAGGCAUCAAUUUGGCUUUCGAAGAACUUGUACAAAAGAUAAUUGAAACUCCGGGUCUUUGGGAAUCAACCGGUUCGUCGUCUAACAUUCGCAUAUCUAAUGAGGAAAGGACAGAUCAAGAUGAAUCUUCGUGUUCUUGUACCAUA